AUGGAUACAGUUGUUAUGUGGAAUGGAAAGACAUUCAAUGUCAAAUGCGAUCCUACAUUACCAGUUGAUGCUUUCCUCCAAAAAUUACAGAAUUUAACUGGCGUUCCAGUUCUCAAACAAACAUUAAUGAUGAGACGCAAGCAGUUAAAGUCCGGUAUGAGCUUCCCAGCCGGCGAGGUCAAGGAAGGAUACAAGUUUAUGCUUAUCGGCACAGCCCAGAUCGCACCAGUUUGGAAAGAUUUCAAAGAAGAGAUCGUUGAAGAGGCACCAGAUGAAGCAGAUGAAGCAGCAACUCCAGCAGAUGCAAUGGUUGGCUGCAAGAACUACGGCAAUACAUGCUAUUUGAACUCCUGCCUUCAAACUCUUAGAAAUAUUCCAGAUAUUUCUAAAGUCAUUAAAGAAUAUAAACCAGAUGGCAAGGGCGAUGAUUUGAUUACAGCUAUUGCCAAAUUCUUCAACAACCCAGAGCAAGAAUACAAUCGUCCAACUGUUGUAGAAUCUUUACGUAUUGCACAUCCAGAUCCAUAUGCAGCAAAGGAUGACCAGACAGGCGGCUACAUGCAGCAAGAUGCUACAGAGUGCAUGGCCACACUUUUCAAACAUUUUUCCACCGCAUUCGGUCCUAAAUUCACAGAUCUCUUCAACAUGAGGCUUAAGACAAUUGUUUCCGAUCCUACCGGCGAAAAGCCACCAAAAGUUACAUAUAGCGAAGAUAAUAGCAUUGACUGCCAUAUUGACGAGAACGUCAGCUCUAUUGAGAUGGGCAUGUUCAAACCAUCAGAUAUAGAGUCCACAGAAGGUGGCAAGAUCGCUGUUUAUCACCAAGUCCAACAAUUAGAUUCUCUUCCGAAAUUCUUUACAGUACACUUACUCAGAUUCACAUACCGUGAAGAUGAGAAGACUACAGCCAAGAUCCUCCGCCGCGUAAACCACCCAUUCCGCUUAGAUAUCUUGUCAUUCGCCAGUGAUGAGCUCAGAGCUCAAAUUGCGAAGGCCAGAGAGUCCGACCAGACAAAGGGAUCGGGUUUCUACCAGCUAAAGGCUGUUCUCACACACCAGGGAAGGUCAGCUAACUCUGGCCACUACAUUACACACGUAAAAGUCAAUGAUGAGUGGAUCAGGUACAACGACGAGAAAGUUUCAGUAGUCACUGAGGAAGAUAUCGAGAAUUUGAAGGGAUCUGGAGAUUGGCAUUGUUCUUUCCUUUUGAUUUACCAACAAAUAGAGUAA